AUGGGCAUAGCUUCUUCUUCUCCGACUAUUCAGCCGUUGGUUCCUCCUCCUCUUACUCCUCUAUUGUUAGUGUUUGCGGAUCUCGAUACUCUUCGUCGACGGAAAUCACGAUCGGAUCCCAACGGACCUCUUUCUGAUUCCGCAUCCAGUACCGAUGCUUUCCCGUUAGAUGAUGUUGGAGCUCCGUCCGACGCUAGGGAUCGGAUUGAAUCAGCUGUCGACGACGCUCAGGGAACAACGAAUUUGGCAGGAGAUAACGGUGGAGAUACCGAAAUUAGGGAAACUGGUGGAGGACGAGGCGGCAGUGACCCAAGAGGAGAAGUCGAUACAAGGUAUAUGUAUCGUCCGUCGGUUCCAGCUCAUCGGUGGGUGAGGGAGAGUCCACUCGGCUCUGACGCAAUUUUCAAACAGAGCCAUGCCGGAUUAUUCAACCUGUGUGUAGUAUUUCUUAUUGCUGUAAACAGUAGACUCAUCAUCGAGAAUCUGAUGAAGGUUAGGUCCCUUAGGAUGAACGGCUCGUGCGCACCUUCUAUGAAAUCGGUUUCGGUGGUCCAUGGAAUUGUGAUCUUCAGAGAAGCUGGUGAACUCAUUUUUGAUCCAUCGGGUAAAGAUUUGGCAAUCACAUCGCGGAGAAUUGCGGUGUCAAAUGUGUCUCUCAAGGAGUUGUUCGUCGCUCCGAGCUAG